UCCACGUGCUCCCAAUCCACGUACUCGCAGUCCACGUACUCGCAGUCCACGCACUCGCAGUCCACGUGCUCCCAGUCCACGUGCUCCCAGUCCACGUGCUCCCAAUCCACGUGCUCCCAAUCCACGUGCUCCCAGUCCACGUGCUCCCAAUCCACAUGCUCAGACUCCACGGCCCACGGUACCUGCUCGCUGCCCCCCGGACACACCCAGGACCUGCAUGAUAGUCUUUGUGGUGUUGAUUUUUGUCGUGCCACUUCUCAUAUGCAUUUGCUGUACCGUGUUCCAGAAGUUGUAUGA